AUGUUAAUAAAUGUAAAAGAUUUGACAAAAAUCUACCAGAUGGGCGACGUGCAGGUACACGCGCUGCGAGGUGUGACCUUCACUAUAACACAAGGUGAAUUUAUCGCUAUUAUGGGACCGUCCGGCUCCGGUAAAUCAACCAUGAUGGAUAUCUUGGGGUGUCUCGCAACGCCAACAUCGGGUGAUUACUUCCUUGAAGGGGAAGAGGUGGGCAAGCUUUCCGAUAAUCGCCUCGCGGACAUUCGAAAUAAGAAAAUCGGUUUUGUUUUUCAAUCGUUUAACCUGCUACCGCGGACGAGCGCGCUCAACAAUGUUGAAUUGCCACUUAUUUACUCUGGGUUGGGUAGAAAGGAACGGAAACGGCGCGCAUUUGAGUCCUUGGAAGCAGUCGGCUUAGCAGACCGGGUGGAUCAUAAGUCAACCGAGUUAUCUGGUGGACAAAUUCAACGCGUUGCAAUCGCUCGUGCUUUAGUUAAUAAACCCUCAAUGAUUUUUGCCGAUGAACCGACAGGAAACUUGGACACGCGUUCCGGGGCAGAAAUUAUGGCGAUCUUCAACCGCUUGAACGAUGAAGGAAAUACCAUCAUCAUGGUGACACAUGAAGCUGAAGUCGCUGAACACGCAAAGCGGGUACUCCACAUUCGUGAUGGUCUAAUUGAACGAGAUGUCAGACAGAAUGGAUAUGAGGAAACUGCCGCUGACUGA